UUUACUGAACCCAAGUUUCCAAGUUUACACAAUGUUAAAAACCAUGGCCAAGUGUAGAGUGUGGGUUUGAACAAUAUCUCAACUAAACUCAAGUUUAUCUCUGCUGAGAUGAAACGGUUGUGUGAAAAGUGAAACAAGCUGCAGAGUUUUCCCUCGCCCGCCCCAGACUGUGUCUCUUCUACCGUCCCCACAAACCAGAAGUCGGGAAUGCAAAGCAAUUUUGGCGGCGGCGCGCACAGCGCUUAAAGGGACGAGCGCCCCAAGACGGCCCGGCUCGCCCUGAAACCCUCGGGCCGCGCAAGUGGUGCGCACCAAAGCCGGAUGGACUUGCGCCUGCGGAGACCGGACUUCUGGGCCCGGCUCCACCUGCGGAGCGGCCUCCAGAGCUGGGACCUGGCCCGGGAACUGGCCCUCGAUGCCACUUGUGACCAGCUGCCCCCAGGUGAGGCGGCCCCUGCUGGAGCCGCCCCGGCCGCUGACUCGCCCUUCCCCGCCUCUUUCGAGGGGCGGCGGGUGACCCGGGUCGCUUUCGGCCCGGCCGUUCCUUUGGAUGAGCCCCCGUCACGGACGGGAAAGGGCGGGACCGCCUACGUCUCUGUGUCCCUGCCAGAGGCCAGCCGCCUAACCGCCUCUCUCCCCAGUUGCUGAGGAGGCCCUCCCGACGGCGCAGCUCGACCAGGCGACCGGCGGCCCGGCCAAGGCCCUUCGCCCUUCCCUCUCGGAGGCUCGCGAGACUGCCGGGCAGCCGCACCUGUGGAUGUGGGUGGACCCCAACCUCGUCUGCCCCAUCCCCGGACACGCCGCGGGGCCUCCUCCCCGCGCUGCUCCAGAGGCUCCGUCCUGCAACCCAGCCCGCUUCCGAGACAUCCGUCCGGGAGAAGAGGAUCCUGGGAGUGCCACUGAAGCCAAAUCCACCCUGCUUCCAAAAGAGGACACCCGGAGCCCCCACCAGGCAUGCCAGAAUGCAAAGGGAAUUGGAUUCCGCAGCAGGAAGCUGCGGGCCCAGGGUGGCUGGCCUCGCCCCCCUCUCAAUUAUUGUAUCUUGAUUAGCCUUGCCCUGAGCAGCAGCGAGGACAGCAGCCUGACUGUGCAGGAGAUCUAUAAGUUCACCAGGCACCACUUCCCCUUCUUCCGCACGGCUCCCGAAGGCUGGAAAAACACUGUCCGGCACAACCUCUGCUUCAGCAGCAGCUUUGAGAAGACCACAGACUUUGUGUGCCUUGAAGGGAACCGCAAGUCCCGCCUGUGGAAGUUAACCACAGAGGGCCGCCGGAAGUUUCAGGAGGAGGCGCAGGCCCUACCAGAGGAUAUGAAGGGCUUGGUGCACCAGAGCAUGGACAAGCCAGACCUGGUGAACCAACAUCCUCAUCUCCCUUCCCCAGAAUUAAUGCAGUCUCUCUUUCGCCUCUGAUCCUUGGGUUUGGAAGACUGGCAGAGAUGGCUGUUUGACGGAGCUCCCAAGGAGGAUCUGACUUUUGCCAAGGGGAAGAGGAUGAAUUUUCCAGGGAUGGGCAAUCUGUGAGGCUCUGCGCAUCGCCUGCUUGGCCCUCGGCUGGGAAGGCACUGAGCAAGGGAGCUUCAUCCUGAUCCGGAGGCUGUUGGUUGGCCUUUUCCUUGAAAGAAGGGAAGAUGAUCCUCACUUGGUUUUGUGUUGAAAUUUCUGUUUGAAGCAGUAACAGCAGUAAAAGUUAAUUUUCUUAAUUCUCAACCUAGAGAAGAAUCUUGGCAUUCCAAUAAAUGCAUUCAAAGAGCAA